GUGUGGGGUGUGCUCCUGCUGUCCCCGGAGAACGAUGAGGGUAUCAGCAUCAGCAGUAACCUUGGCUUGUGCAGGGUGCCUAUCGGGCACCGCCGCCUUCCAAGCAUCGCUGUUCCAAGGCGCUCCUCUGCAAAGAGCAAGAGCAGCGGCAGCGGUGCGAGAUGGCGCGAGCACCGCCACCACCACAGCGGACGCGUCAGCGCGGACACAACGCACGGCGUGCCGAGGGAGCAAUGGCGGCGGCGGAAGCAGCGUGGGCACCCGAACAACAGUCGUGAUGGACGGUGGCGGCAGUGUGUCUAGGCUGGACUUCUUCAAGCAAGCGGGGUUGAGCCUGGCCGCCGUAGCAAUGGGAGGGGCGACAGGUGCGGCCCCCGCCAAAGCGCAGGCGGGAUCGGCUGUUGAGGUGAUGCGCUUGAGGUUCGGCGACAAGCUCCGACGAGCGGCUAAGAUGCUGGACGAGCUGCAAGACGACAUCUCGAACAGCGACUGGGACCUGGUAACGACCUACCCGAACGCGUUCCGCACGCUGGUGCCCGUGUUCACGAAGUACACGGAUGCCGCCUUCCCGACGGACGAUCCCGUCGACACCACAUCGAGGGUCGCGCUCAGGUACGAAGUCGGUCGAUUCUACGGUGCGGUUGAGCGCCUGAAGCGAGCGGCGGAGCAGCAGAACAGCAGAGAGGCGCAGUCAGCGUUUGCGGCCAUGUCUGUGGCCUACGACAGGUAUCUCAAGGCCGGUAACCUGUACGAUGGGUACGAUUCGGUUACGUCCACGGAGGGCUUCUACGCGGAUGUGUCGAACAGCAGCCUCAAGUAUGUGCCUCCUAGCAAGGACCCUCCCAAGAUCAAGGACAAUGUGCUCUUGGUGGCGGGCCCGGACAAGGGAAAGACUGGGUUCAUGAUCGGGGUGGAAGGCGGGAGCUUGUCGGCGACGAAAGCGAUCGUCAAGCUGGAGACGAGCUCUGCGCUCGGCAUGCGCGAGAUCAAGGUCGUGCCGCUUGAUUACGUGGCCAAGACUGUGGACCAGCAGGGCAUGUUCAACAGCAAGACCACGAAGAAGAUGCGUCCGUCUUCGUAGUAUGCCUCCGUACCACCUUCGGGCGCCUUCCGGUCUUUGAUGGCGGGGGGAGGAUUGGGCUUCGACAGCUGGGAGCCCGGCACAUAUAGUACCUUCACAGGUAGUGCCAGCCGUGUGUCGCCUAGAAUCGGCAUGAUGAGUUGAUUGGAUGCCUACAGCAGCAGCAGCCGGGUGGCGUUGGCCGUCUAUUUGCUCGCGAUUUUGAGAGGGAUCAUGUCGUCCCACUGCCGAUCCGUAGGCCUACGUCCUGCUGUGAUGAUGUGAGCCAACGACAACGACGACACACCAUCAUACUAUACAUGGUCGAUGAUAGAUUUCGGGCGGAUUGUGACGGGCGCGAGAUUAGUGAAUAUGGGAACCGCGCAAGCAGGCAGGCACGGUCUAAUAGACUAGUUGAAGCAGUUCCCUCGGCUCCAAUGUUCAGGAUGGGACGAAGGUUGCUUGCCUCACGGAGACUUACUUUGGACGCCGAACAUCCUGUUCUCAAGAUUUUAUUACCGGACCAUUAAGAGUCACACGAGAGGCGGCGUCCCGAUUCUUACGGCACGGGGAAGGCGAAAAACGGAAGGAGGCGUGCACUUGCUUGCCUUGCUGUGUUGAGUUUU